AGAGGGGCGUUUGCGAACGGGCGUGAUGCUGGGAUUGGCCCGUCCCACUUUCCGUCAAGGUCCGCGUUUGCGGCCAGCUCUCUCGGGCGCUGUGAGCGAGCGGUUCGGCGGCACCAUGCCCCGGAAGGGGAAAGCUCAGACUAAGGAUGCAGUAAUGCCUAAUGUUCCUUCAAGCCCUGUGGCAACUGAUAAAACUGGCUAUGUUACCAUUGCUGUUCAUGCCAAACCUGGAUCUAAACAAAAUGCUGUAACAGAUCUGACAACAGAAGCAGUGGGCGUGGCAAUUGCUGCACCUCCAUCCGAAGGGGAAGCCAACACAGAGUUGUGCCGCUAUCUUGCCAAGGUCCUUGAAGUUAAGAAGAGUGAGGUGGUGUUAGAAAAGGGUGCUAAAUCACGAGAAAAAGCAGUGAAGAUUUUGGCACCCAUGACUCCUGAGGAUGUCUUGGAGCGGCUGAGAAAAGAAGCCAGGAGCUGAGACCAUCCGGCAGUGUCCUUUCACUGGAUGUGGCAAAAAGAGGAAGCCAGCGCACACAACAAUGGGCAGUGGGAGAACAUAUGGCAUCUGGACAGCACUGGGAAAAUAAACCUGUAUUUUCAUGUUAGUAACAAUCCUCUCCCAGUGACUGAAAUGUUAUACUAAGAUUUCAGCUCAUGGUCUCUUGGUAUGCAUGCAUUCAUCAUAGAGUACUGAUAGCCUGUGUUCAGUUCCAGUUUGGUUUGGGGAAACAACCAUGUGGGGCCUGUUUCCUCCCUGAGGUUAAAGAAGUUUUUUUAAUUGCCAGAAUUUUGAUUUUGCUGCAUUCUGCCGCAGAGCCUCAUAAAGUUCCACUGGCAAUAGUUUUCUAGUUGUACUCCAAAACUGGGUUAUUUUGGGUUUCUUUUUUCGCAUCAUGCUAUGCUCACUGCCUUGAUGGCAGGGUGCCAUCAGUACUGGUCCACUGUCAGAUUGAUUGUUUCUUUCUGCCCAAGACUUCCAUUUACUCAGCUGAGAAGAUGACUUCCACGGUUUCUUCAGUGCUCUAUGAAAACCAGGAACUACUUCGAUGGCCAUUGAACUCAAUCCAAGUAUUCACUGCUUUGAGUUGUUUGGAAUAAAGUAAGGAAAUUCAAUCAGAAAAUAGUUGGGAGGAAGGGGAGGCACCUGCCAAGCUCAGACUUUGGACAGUAGGGCCUUGGGUCAGGAAAGCAAACUGGCCACCCAUGGUUUUCUCAUCCCAGUCAGCAAAGGGCUCUCUUCCCUCAUGGCAUAGAAAAGAUGCUUUGUAUGCUUAAGGUCCCAGCUUGCUUCCUUGUUUUAAAAAGGACUACAGGUAACAGCCUAGUAAGACCUUGGAGAACUGCUGCCAGUUUGAGCGGAUCAUCCAGGACACAGUGAACCAGUUGUCUGACCUGGUAUAAGGCAGCAUCUUGUGUGAAGUCCCUUGGAGCUCAGUGGGGCUGGGUAAGCACACGUGGCAUCACAGUCUUAAGCCCAUUUGCAUGGUUUAUAUAAUUCUGCCAUUUUCAUAGUUUCUUGCACAAUAUUCUGCUACUGAUGGGGAGGGAUAAUGAACUGCAUAACACACAAAAAGGAAGUCUUUGCUUCUGAGGUCCACCAGCUCUUUGCCUUGUACUUUCAAACACAUCUUUGAAGUUGUAAGGUCAAGAGAUUUGCUUGGGGGUGGGGGGACAGAGAUUCUCUAGCUUUUGCAGUCAGUACCACAUUCUUUACUUUGUACAAAAUGAAAGCAUACAUACAGUCUUGCUUAUAAUAUCCUUUAUUUAGUAACUUUGGGGUAUUUUUAAUUUUUUUCUAGUGUUAAUAGGCAUUCACCCUAACCUGGGUGGCCUGAUUUAAUUGGAUCUCAGAAGCUAAGCAGUCCUGGUUAGUCCAUGGGUGAGACACCACCAAGGAAGUCCAGGGUCGCUAUGCAGAGGCAGGCAAUGGCA